GGCGCAGAAGGCGUCCUGACACCACCUCCCGCGGCUCGCUUACUCCUGCUCAAACCCAGCAGCCUGCGAUGGACUACAUCUUCUCCAUAACAGGCAGCGGGGCCAGAGUGGUCAAAGACGCGAUUACUCAGAGACUUUGGCCGGGACAGGGACAGGAGUCCGCCCCGCUGCAGCUGCCCGGUGCUGGGACAGCAGCCGGAGAGAGACCCCCCCUCCACCAUGAGACAGAUACUGGCCAGAAGAAGACUCCAGAGAAGAAGGAUGGGAGGCGCAUGUCGUUCCAGAGACCCAAAGGGACCGUGGAAUAUUCUGUGGAAUCGCGGGACACGUUGAACAGCAUUGCACUCAAGUUUGACACCACACCCAACGAGCUGGUUCAGCUGAACAAGCUGUUCUCCAGGGCGGUGGUGCCUGGCCAGGUUCUGUACGUUCCUGAUCCCGAGUACGUCUCCAGUGUGGGAAGCUCCCCCUCCCUCAGUCCCAUCAGCCCCCUGUCUCCCACCUCCUCUGAAGCUGAUUUAGAGAAGGCGACGGAAUCCGAUGUCCCACCCAGACCAGAAGUGGUUCAGCCCCCGGUGUUCUCAGCUCUGCGUCAGUCCAGAGUGGUCUCAUCCACCUCCGAGGAGGAGGAGGCCCUGACGGAGAAGUUCCUCAAGAUCAACUGCAAGUACAUCACUGAUGGCAUGGGUGCAGUCAGCGGGGUGUUGUUGGUGACUCCUAAUAACAUCAUGUUCGACCCUCACCGCAUGGAUCCGCUGGUUCAGGCCCAUGGAUGCGAGGAAUACGGCAUCAUGUGUCCCCUGGAGGAGGUGCAGUCAGCGGCCGUCUGCAAGGAGAUCACCGACCCAAGGAUCAGAGAGGCGGUCCCCGAUGACCUGGAGCCUCUGCCAGCUGAAAGGCACCCAUCCCAGCAGAAAGAGCCGGAGCCCCGCCUGAAAGACCCGGGGCCCAAUGAAGGCAGCAGCGGAGCCCCACGCAGCACAGACGGCUCCUUCUCUGAGGACGUCUUCACCGAGACAGAGCUGUCCCCCAUUCGGGAAGAGGAGCAGGCUUCCAACGAGGACCUCCGCCAGGACAAAUCGUCCGGCGCUUCAACAGAGUCUGUGCAAACGAUCACCCAGGUGGAGGCCGCCAACACUCAGGCACCAAGCAGCACUCGCAACUUAGUCAGCCAGCCUGAGGAGCCCGACGUUCCUAAAUCAGAGGACAAUCCCCCAGACACUGCCACAGUAAACAAUAGCCAGUCCCCCAUGGGAUCCAAGCAGCACAGUGUAGAGAAGCAACCAAGCACACCCACUACCACCAGCAACACUAGCCAGAGCCAGGGUCCCAGCAGCAGCGCCUCCCGCCCAGGGUCCCAAAGCUCACCCACCACUUCUGUCUCAGCCAGUCAGCAGGGGGAAGCCAACCAGGAGACCGACGUCUCCAAAACGGACACUAUGCAACAAGGCACAGAGGAGAAGGAAAGCGCAGAGCCCACGCAAAAGGUUGACACGCAGAUCUCCGCUGAGGGUUCUGGUGAGAAGAGGAAGCACCGCUCUCACAAGUUCCUGUGUUUACGGGUGGGCAAGCCGAUGAAGAAGACGUUUGUCUCCAACGCCAGCGCCUCCAUGCAGCAGUACGCCCAGCAGGGCAAGAAAAACGAGUACUGGUUCGCCGUUCCACAGGAGAGAUCAGAGCACCUGUAUGUAUUCUUCAUGCAGUGGAGUCCAGACAUGUACGGAGAGGGCAUCAGGGGGAUGGGCCAAGAACCCGGGUUCAUGGUGGUCAAAAAGCACGUUGCAUCAGAAACGCCCGUCGAUGAGCCCAUCACUGACCUUAAUGUGAAGGAAUGGGAGGUAGUGUCUCUGACGGAGUACCACCGUCGGAUCGAUGCGCUAAACAGCGAAGAUCUGCGCUCGCUCUGCAAACGACUCCAGAUUACCACCAAGGAAGAGACCAACUCGAAGCACGGCACAUCCAUCAAAGCUGAGCUGGAGCCUGAAACCUUCAAACCCAACCUCAAAGAACCCAGCGAGCUCCUGGAGGCCGACCAGAUAGAGAAGCUUGCCAGGAAUCUUCCACCGCGGACCAUUGGUUACCCCUGGACGCUGGCGUUUGGCACAUCAAAGCAUGGCAUGAGCAUUAAGACGCUCUACAGGGCCAUGCAAGGCCAGGACACCCCGGUCCUUCUGGUCAUCAAGGACAGCGACGGCCAGGUAUUUGGUGCCCUCGCAUCUGAACCCUUUAAAGUCAGCGAAGGCUUUUAUGGCACAGGGGAGACCUUCCUGUUUACCUUCAAUCCAGAUUUUCAGGUGUACAAAUGGACGGGCGACAACAUGUUUUUCAUCAAAGGAGACAUGGACUCCUUGGCUUUCGGUGGAGGAAGCGGCGAGUUCGGCCUGUGGCUGGACGGAGACCUGUACCACGGCCGGAGCCACUCCUGUAAAACAUUCGGGAACCCCAUGCUCUCAAAGAAAGAGGAUUUCUUUGUGCAGGACAUAGAGGUGUGGGCUUUUGAAUAACAGACUGAUGCUCCACAGGGAAAAUAAAAAAAAGAAAGAAAGAAAGAGACGUCCUCCAAAGGACGAACCGAGGAGUGGACCUCCUUCAGAACAAUGGCAACAUCCCAAACCUGACUGCACAUCACCAGGCCUCCCCUGUCUGGAAGCCAGCUACCGGAUGCUUGUUGUGCGUUUCUACUGCAGUUAUUAAGGAGCUUUAUUUUGUUUUUCUUUUCUCUGUGUGUAUCUGAUUACAGCCUUGUGGAUCGUCUUUGCAGCAGAUUAGGGAGAGAAAAAGAAAAGGUGGUAUCUUAGAGGCAGGGUGGGGGCAAACUGGACGUCCUCCAUGAAGAUGAUGGCGGCUGAGGUUUGGGAUUGCUGCAACAGUGGAUCAGAACCUCCAGGAAGCCCAACCACCUCCUUCUUGGAUCCGGUUCUUUCCGUAGAGAGACCCAGGUUAGAGGGAGAGACAGGAAGCAGGAGCUGAACCCAUUCCUUACAGGAUCUGACAUCAUCAUACCCCAGAGAGUAUCUGAGUAGAAUAUCUGAGGUGUGUGUGUUCUAAGGGAGGGUGGUCCGUCUUUUUCCAGUCCAGUUUUUCGGGUCCCCCCCCCACCAGGCUUAACUUACUGAGUAUUGUGUAUCGUAGUCCUCCUGUCGUUCAUCAUAGCACACCAUCGGAAAAGCACACAGCUAUAACCAGAUCAUCCAUCGUCGUAAAGCGUUGCGUUUCAGUGGGCGUGUCCGUGUGUGAGUCCAGCGAAGCGCCAGCUCCUCCCCGGCUGGACGCUGGCUGUACUGUUCGUAGACAGUAACGUGUUGCAAUAGAUUUGUGGAAUAUGCAAAUAAACUGUCCUGUGACCUCAAAUAACCCGGCAGGUCGCGGCUCUUUGGCCGUCGCUUGUGGCUCUUUGGAGAGAGAAACGUGUAAAGCUUUUACGUCUCGACAAACAUAAUUGCUUCUCCGGGUUUCAUUUGAAGGCCUGAGAUGUGGUUACCUGUUUUACAUGCAUAUAUGACAAUUAUAUAUUGUAUAUAUGAUUAUAUAAGUGUAUAUAAUCAUAUAUAUUUUGCUGUUGAGUGUGACAGUGAUAUAUUUGUGCUGAUAUUUCAGCUGUUACUAUAUAUUGUAUAUUACCCUGUAAAUUAAUGUUAAAAUAGUAGAUUUGUUGCAAUAUAUAUAUAUAUAUAUAUAAAUACAUAAUACUUUAUAUAUAGAUAUCUAUAUGUAGAUAUCUAUAUAUAUCUAUAUAUAUAUAUGAGAAAAGUGUGAAUUAAUUGGUUGCUUCUAGCACUUUAACCUGGUUUAGGGCCUGGUUCUUAGAUAAUCUUAGAAGUAGCUGUACAGUAUAUAUUUUAUUUUCUUCUGUGAAUAAUUCCUGUUAACUGUUACUAGAAAGCUUGCUGCUAUCAACAGUAAUCUGCCCAGAUGUUCAGUGGGAAACAGAGGAUUACUCUGAGGAUGUACGGGGGGGGUGAUGACGUCCAAGACAGCCGCAGGUCUCGGUUUAUCUCCACACACGGUGAGUGGGAGCCGUUUGUGACGUGGGGACAUGGCACCACCCCUCCUCCUACCCUCCCCCCCCACCCAUGGAGGUUUUUUGUUUUUUUUCCCCUCCCUUUGUAUUUUUCGGGCUUCCACACCAGUAUUUAUGUCCAUGUGGGGAAGUCGCAGCAAGUAAAUAUGGUUACUUCUUUAAUUUCACCUGAGCAUUGUAUCAGUGAUGUACAAAUACUAAUAAAGCUGAAGUAAUUGUUGUAACCAGAGAG